UUAAGUCAAUUUCUCUCAGUAAAUCUCUUCUAGCAAUUUUUCUUCUGUAAAAUGUAGAGCUAAAAACUUCACGGCCUCAAACCUUAUUAGGAGAUAUAUAUUAAAAUAACCGCAUUGUAUGUACUGCAGUCUGGCGACUUAUAAUAGGAAUAAGACUGGUAAAUGUAUAAUUAGAAUAGAGCGUGAAAAGUUUGUCUCCGCGGCGUUUGCUAGACUUGUGCACCGAUAAAGUGUAACUGAAGCCGUUGUGAGAUUCAUACAUGGACCGUUCUGUAUCUGUGGAACAUUAUAAGGCAGGCAUGCUGCUCAGUGGUGUCGGAGAUGCGCUGGGUUACAGGAAUCAGCUGUGGGAAUACAAUCAAUCCGGUCCUGCCAUACACCAGGAACUGCAAGAGCUCGGAGGGCUGAAAAGCAUCCGUGCAGAGCUUCCUGACUGGCCAGUUAGCGAUGACACAGUGCUUCACCUGGCAACUGCAGAGGCUCUAGUGACAGGUAAAGAAGGUGAGGAGUUACUUCAUGAGGUUGCCUUCCGUUAUGUGGAGGGAAUGAAAGACAUGGACGGCAGGAAGCCAGGACCAUCAAGUAUUCUGGGGAUUUCGCAGUUGCGUCCAGACACUGAAGGGGGUUACAGGGUCCCCUACAAUCCAGAGGGCACAGGGUGUGGGGCAGCUAUGAGGUCAAUGUGCAUCGGACUUAGAUAUCCUCAUCCCGAGCAGCUGUCCUCACUGGUUGCAGUCGCUGUGGAGACUGGACGAAUGACUCAUCCUCAUCCAACCGGAUUUCUCGGAGCUGUGGCUUCAGCCUUGUUCACCGCCUAUGCGGUCCAGCACAGACCAAUCACAAGCUGGGGUUUGGGUUUGUUGGAGGAAGCUUGUCCUGUAGCAAAGAAGUUUGUGCAGUCUGCAGGAUAUGCCAUUACAGAGACCGAGAGAGACUGGGGCUACUUUACUGACAAAUGGAAAUGGUAUCUGGAUCUCAGGGCAUUGUCUUCUGGUGCUGGUCCAGUUGUGUGGCCUGAGCCAUAUGGACCGGCUGAACGAGACGAGGCCUACAAGAGCUUCAGCCUGUCAGGGUGGGCGGGUCGCAGCGGUCACGAUGCUCCAAUGAUAGCUCUGGAUGCUCUGUUGGGGGCGGGAUCAGACUGGGAGGAGCUUAUGAGUCGAGCAGGAUUUCACGGAGGAGACAGUGACAGCACUGCAGUGAUUGCCUGCUGCUGUUGGGGUCUGCUGUACGGGACAGAAGGUGUGCCCCAGUGUAACUAUAGUAACCUGGAGUACAGGGACCGACUGGAGGGUACGGCACAACAGCUGUAUGCGCUCUCACACUAAUGAAGAGGCAAAACCCACACAGGAAAACAGCCUGAUAUAAGAACUAAAGAAUAAACAUGUAGAAAAAGUUGAACAGUUAUGAAUUUAAUCAACCACUGAAAUUUGUAGUUUUAAUAACUUAUUCAGUAAAUUGAGCUAUGUUAGAGCUCAGAAGAGCUUAACUCAUUAAUUGGCAAACUUGCAUGCUUUUACAUCUUUAAAGGAACAGUUCACUCAAAAAUGAGACUCCACUCAUAAUUAAAUCCAUGUGUUCAAACAUAUGAUAGGUGUGGGUGAGAAACAGAUCAAUAUUUAAGUAAAUGCUACUCCUUGCCUAGUCGGGGUGAUAUACACAAAGAAUAUGAAUCAGAAAGUGAAGGAAAAAAGUGCUUAAAUAUUGAUCUGUUUCUCACCCACACCUAUUAAAUCACUUCUGAAGUCAUGGAUUAAACCACUGGAGCCUUAUGGAUUAAUUUUAUGUUGGUUUUGGUACCCAUUCUCUUGCAUUGUAUGGACUAAAAGAGCUGAAAUAUUCUUCAAAAAAUCUUUGUGUUCUGCUGAAGUCAAACACAUCUGGGAUGGCAUGAGGGUGAGUAAAUGAUGAAAGAAUGUAUUAUUUGGUGAACUGUCCCUUUAAGGUUUUUUCACACUGACAGCGAUUGAUCGGCUUGAGUGUAAAAGUACCAGGUAGUUAAUGCAGUGUGUUGUCAGCAUAUAUAUAUAUAUAUAUAUAUAUAUAUAUAUAUAUAUAUAUAUGCUGUAUAUAUUUGCAUACAGUUGAAAUCAACUUCAUGGUAUUGCCAAAGGUUGCUGAUGCUCAUUUCGCCUGAACUCUAAUUGAAAAUCACUAAGUGUGAAUGUUAUUACCGAAGUUGAGAAAUUAAUCAAUUUUAUAGACUAAUUUGCACUGUAAUGAAGUAUCUAUAUCAGCAUCCAAAAAUAUUAAAGAUGCACUUGUAUGAUUGCUGAAUUUUGUGCUUUAAAAUCUCAUAAAAGAAAUGUUUAAUCAGAAAUAAAGACAAGGCCAC